UUACUUUUUUCUAGGGGUUUUCACGAUGGGAAGAGAAAAUUAGUCAAAUGUCAAAUGAAUGAAAAUAGAAAUUUAAAUUUAUAAUUUUGUCAUUAAAACUCGUUUUUAGCGUUAAUCACAAAAAUAAAUCGAAACUCAUCAAAUUUACAGACUGCACUUUUUUAGGGAUUUUUACGUCAAACGUCACAUUUUUGAGGUUAUGUCAAACGUCAAAUGUCAUCAACAAAGAACAAAAAUAGAUAUUUAAAAAUGUAAUUUUGUGAUAUAAAAUUGAGCCCUACGGUCAAAUUAGUGUACAAAAUAUGGCAGACGAAUAUUCGUCAUGGGUGGGUUUGAUUUACGUUUUUAAUUUAAUUGUGGGCACUGGUGCCCUGACCCUCCCCUCGGUGUUUGCGGGGGCUGGAUGGCUCUUAAGUACAAUUUUAGUAAGUCUUUUAGCCCUAGUCAGUUUCAUAACAGUGACUUUUGUUAUUGAAACAAUGGCUUGUGCUAACGCCACAGUCCAUUGGAGACGUGUCCAGUCUCACAAAAUUGAUGAAAGCGAAGUACCUGAUGAGAGUGAUUCCGAACCUGAAAACACAACAGAAGAAACAGCAAUUAUGAGUAUUAAUCGACGAACAAAACGCUAUUAUAAUCUAAACACAAAAGUCGAAUUAGGGGAAAUGGCCAAACUCUAUUUUAAUAAAUUAGGCCAAUUAUUGUUUUAUGUCUCACUGUGUAUUUAUUUAUACGGUGAUUUAGCUAUUUACGCCACAGCUGUUUCAAAAACAAUAGUGGACCUCACUUGUAAAACAAAUAAUAAUAACACAGAAGAUUAUAGUACUAAGUGUUCAGAAUCAUUAGAUGUUUUAAAAAUUGACAUGUAUCGUAUUUUUGUGACAAUUUUUGCGUUUUCAGUGGGUCCAUUUACUUAUUUUAAAGUUCAAAAAACGAAAUAUCUCCAGAUUGUGACCACAGGUUUGCGUUGGUCGGCUUUUAUCAUAAUGAUAACAUUGGCGGUUAUCAGAUUAUCGAAAAAUGGUCAAGAGGGGCACCCUGAUUUGGUUCAUUUGAGUGGUGUUCCUAGUUUAAUUGGCUCAAGUAUUUAUAGUUUCAUGUGCCACCAUUCAGUUCCGGGUUUGAUAGCCCCUUUUUCCAAUAAACAACAUGUGAUUAGACAAAUCGGUUUGGAUUAUUUGUCAAUUUGUUGUUUUUAUUUGUUGUUAGCCAUGACUGGAUCAUUUGCGUUUGAAACUUUGGAUGAUUUAUACACACUCAAUUUUAUUCCUACUGAAUCGGACAAUUCUGGGAUUUUUAUGGAAGUUAUUAAGUAUUUUCUGGGGGCUUUUCCUUUAUUUACCUUAUCUACGAGCUUCCCAAUUAUUGCAAUUACGCUACAAAAUAAUUUAAAGAGUCUAUUUCUUGAUAUUAAUCUCAUGGAGAGGUAUAAUUUUUUUAUUCGUAGAUUAGCUUUCCCCACUUUGGCUGUAGUUCCCCCAAUUGUGGUGGCGUUUUCCACUCAUAAUUUGAGGACUUUGGUUGCUUUCACGGGCUCUUAUGCGGGGGUUCUAAUACAGUAUAUAAUACCAGCUUGUUUGGUAUAUUUCGCUCGCCAACAUUGCACAAGAAAUAUCGGGAAUUAUGACAAUAAAUAUUCUAGUCCUUUUAGACAUGUCUUUUGGUUCAUUUUCGUGAUUGGUUGGUCGAUAUUUUGCGUUAUUUUUGUCACGGCCAAUUUUAUUAUGCAAGAAUUACAUACAAAAUGACUGAUUUUUAGAGUUACAAAUAUGUAUUUUUGUAUACAAUAUUUGAUAAAUAAAGAUGAUGUUAAUGGACUUUAUUAAAUUACAA